AUGGCAUCGAGCCUAGUACAUCUACCAGAGAUUGAGCGGAUCAGCUCGCGAGUAAUAAGAAUACUCGGCGGAAACCCAGGAAAGUUCACUCUCCAAGGAACAAACACCUACCUAGUAGGCCAAGGACCAAAACGCCUUCUAAUCGACACAGGAGAAGGAAAGCCAUCCUGGUUGAGCUCUCUAAGAACAACCUUGGAGCAAGAAAAAGCCUCCAUCGACAAAGUGAUCCUAACACACUGGCAUCCCGAUCAUGUAGGAGGUAUCCCAGACCUUCUUUCCCUCUACCCAUCAACACCGAUCUACAAAAACCAGCCCGAGGUAAAUCAACAAGAGAUCAUUCAUGGUCAGAUCUUCAAGACAGAGGGAGCCACAUUGCGAACAUUCCAUUGCCCCGGCCAUACAACUGAUCACAUGGCUUUGAUCCUUGAAGAGGAAGACGCAAUGUUUACUGGAGACAAUGUAUUGGGUCAGGGCACAGCUGUGUUCGAAGACCUGGCAGCGUAUAUGGAUAGUUUGCAGAAGAUGCAAAAUGAGUUUUCAGGUCAGGCUUAUCCGGGUCAUGGGCCUGUGAUCAAGGAUGGCAAGGCAAAGAUCCAGGAGUACGUUCGUCAUCGACAGGAAAGAGAAAGUCAAAUUGUCGAUGUUCUGGGACGAGAGACCGAAAAGGGCAAGAAAGGAUGGCAGUCGAUGGACUUGGUCAGAGUGGUCUACAAGGGGUAUCCUGAGAAUCUGCAUGCACCAGCAGAAAGGGGUGUGUUGCAGGUGCUGGAGAAGCUCAACAAGGAAGGCAGAGUGCACAAGGACGAGGGAGAAUGGUUCUUGCAGUCGAAACCUGCAUUAUGA